AUGCUACUUGCACUGGCGUCUCAAUUCACAUCCCCCCUCCCUCCCAUAUCUCUCUACGCCUCCCUUCGCCUGUCCCCUCCUCUCUCACUUGCCCUCCUCUCUCCCCCUCUCAACCUUCCCCCUCAAACGUUAGCCUGCUGCACAGUGACAGCAGCAGCACCUCCUUCUCACCCCUCGCUUCCCCCCUUCUUUCGCCCGCUCCUCGCCCCACCCCCCUCCCCCUCCCAGCGCCCCUGUUCACGUGCCCCUGUUCUCGGUGCUGGUGGUCGUGUGGGUAGCAUGCGGCGCCGUGACAGCGGCGUGGCUGCUGUGGGACCGGCACUCGCAGUACGAGAGCCGCAGGGAGGAGGCGCUGGGCGUGUGGUGCAAGGAGCGCGCCCUCAUGCUGCAGCAGCUCGUGCUGGCCCACGCCGGGCAGAUGCAGGUGAGGUGAGGCUGGGUUGGAGUGCUGCCCUCAUAAUUUCAUGCCCAUAUGCCCCCAUCAUCUCAAGCCCGCAUGCCCUCAUGCUGCAGCAGCUCGUGCUGGCCCAAGCCGGGCAGAUGCAGGGCUGGGUUGGUGUGCUGCCUGCAAGAUCUCGUUUAUCUCAUCCCUCAUUCCCUCAUGGCCUCAUGCCUUCUUGCCCGCAUGCCCUCAUCAUCUCAUGCUACAGCAGCUCGUGCCGGCCCAUGCCGCCCAGAUGCAGGGCGGCCUUUGAGAAGCAGUACGGCAGCAUCAGAGACAAUACUCUGAUCGUCAGUGCCCGCCGCCCCAUCUACUGCCCCAAGAUCCUCGAGCUCACAACGCUGUAUGCCACCAACGGUCCCAGCAAUGUGGACAUGUUUCAACGAUACUACUCCAUGAUCCCGCUCGUGGAGGCAGGCAGGCACUUCUACUCCUGGCCCUACCCCCUCGCCAACCCCCUCACCCAUGCCGGAUUCGACCCAUCCAAGUCCUUUGAGCUAUACGACAUCACCGACCCAGCCUCUCUCUUCGCCAUCGUCCACCCAUCCAAGUCCUUUGAGCUAUACGACAUCAUCAACCCAUCCUCUCUUCGCCAUCACCCAUCCAAGUCCUUUGAGCUACACGACACCACCGACCCAGCCUCUCUCUUCGCCAUCGUCCAUCUUCCCCUUCCGCCCCUCCCCCCUUCUCUUUCUGCAGACCCAUCCAAGUCCUUUGAGCUACACGACACCACCGACCCAGCCUCUCUCUUCGCCAUCGUCCAUCUUCCCCUUCCGCCCCUCCCCCCUUCUCUUUCUGCAGACCCAUCCAAGUCCUUUGAGCUAUACGACAUCACCGACCCAGCCUCUCUCUUUGCCAUCGUCUCUCCAGUCCCUCCACACGUCUACUUCCGCCCCGACGACAAGCUCCCCUACAUGCGCCCCUCCCCGGACUCGGAAACCCGCCCCUGGGAGCAGCGAGCCGUGGUGUCUCUAGAGGAGAUGGGAGCAGGCGUGAGGAAGUACGAGGUCUGGUGCCGGCAAACCCAGCCUCCCAGCACGUGGCAGCAGUGGGGCAUCCCCAUCCUCAUCGCCCUCUUCGCGCUCCUCCUCGUGCUGCUCGUGCUGCUGGCAGCCUGCCUGCAGCGCGCCAAGUUCUUCCAGACCCAGCAGCAGAUGGCAGAGGCGGAUAGGCUGAGACGACAGGCGGAGGGCGCAGAGGCGUCUAAGAGCAUGUUUGUGGCGUGCAUGUCUCACGAGCUGCGGACACCCAUGGUUGGAAUUACUGGCAUGCUCGACGCUCUAGCAGAGAUGGGCCUGAACGCCUCUCAGCUAGCCGACCUGCUAAUGGCCGGGGCAUCAGCAAGAGAUGCACUGCAUCUGGUCAACCGCGUGUUGGACCUGGCGAAGCUGGAGGCAGGCAAGGCGGUGGUGGAUGAGACGGUGAUUGACGUGAGGGAGUGGCUUCAUGGGGCAUUGGAGUGGCACGCGGAGGAAGCACGUUCUAAAGGCAUUGAAUUGAGUGGCAUUGUGAGUGACGGCUGCCCCACGCAUGUGAUUGCAGACCCCAUGCACCUCACCACCAUGGUCAAGGAGAUCACAGACAACGCGGUCAAGUUCACGACACAAGGCCACGUGACAGUGCGAGUGACCCUGGUGCCGCAAGGGACAAGCUUGCACGACACCCUUUGUUGCCAGGGCCUUCCCCCAGCAGCUCCUCAAGCGGCCGCUGCUAACACUGCCUAUUGGCCGUCCACCUGGCUUUGUUCGAGAUGGGAAUGCUUGAUUGAGGCUGUGAGGGGGGCGCCAGUUGCAUCUGCAGCGGGAGCAGUAGCAGCAGCAGCAGCAGCAGCAGCAGCAGCAACAGCAGCAGCAGCAGCAGGCAGUGCAAGGGGCGAGGGCGGGCAUGAAAGACGGCAUGGGAGUCAAGACAGGAAACAUAUUCAAAAACCAGACAGGGGGCGUGGGAGACGACAGCAUGGGACAGGCCAUGGCAUAGGGCGUGGGAGUGGGCAAGGGAGGGGUGGAGAGCGGUGGAUGCUGGUGCUGUCGUGCCAAGACUCGGGCUGUGGCCUCCCAGCGUCUCUCCACACAGCAAGUGGCACUGAAGGGCCUUCCUACUUCUCCCUCCUCGUGAGAUUUCAAAAAUUCUCUCUCUUGAUGAGACUCCUACUUCUCUCUUGA